AUGAAAGUUUCUUUUAAAAUAUCUAAUUUAAAAAAGCACCCUAAUUAUGCAUCGCCCUCUCAACAAAGUAAAAAAAAUCGUAACAACGAUAAUGAUUUGCUUUUUGAAGUGCCUCAAUGGGUUGAUAUUGGGAAUAAUAAAACUAGUUUUGUUUGGAAGCAUUUUGGGUUAAAAACUGAUGGCCGUGCUUACUGUAGAUAUAUUGUAAACCAGGAUGAAGAAACGGAAUGUGGAUGGAACUGCAUUUAUAAUUCUCAAACUAGUAGUAUGAUUCAUCAUUUAGGAUCUGCUCAUAAAAUAUAUGAAGAAAAAUUAGUAAAAACAAACAAAAAUCGAUGA